GAUAUAAUUUCAAACUAUAUCCCGUUCGGGAUAUAAAAAAAAUUUUGCUGCAAAAAAUGAUAUCCCAAUCGGGAUAUGUCUCCACACUGACAGAUUGUUAAUAGAAUAUCAGCUGUUUUAUACAUAACAGAUUCAUGUGGUCCUAUAACAGUGAAACUUAUUUCAUUUAUGAAUAGUAUACCUGAAUUUGAAACACUUAGUGAACAAGAUCGAUUUAUUUUAGUUAAAUGUAAUCUUCCACUGGUAUUUCUAAUGCGUACAUGUUUAAUCUAUAAUAUUGAGAAAGAUCUAUUUAAUGAACCUGAAAUGGACGAAGAAUAUGCGAAUUAUAGUAAACAAUUAUAUAUUUAUUGUUUUAAAGAAGAAUUUGUAAUAAUGAUAAAACAAAAAAUAAUUAGGCAAGUAUUAGAAAACGAGUACGGUUUGGAUAAAUUUGGUAAAUUGAAAUUAGACGACAUUUAUAAAGUUGAUGACAAAAUAACGACAAUUCAUAGUAAAUUAGCAGAAAAUAAAGUGCUGCUGGAUGCAAUGUGUAAAUAUAAGAAGCAGAUUGAAGACACUUUAAAUCUAAAAGCAGAAUUAGAUGAAAAAAUAGCACGGAUUAAUCGUGAAUCAGAACAAUUUAAAAAUUCAUACGGUCAACAAUCAUCCACAGUUGAUAAUCCAACAGAUGUAAAUCUUAAAUUAUCGCAGUGUGAUAAAGAAAUACGUGAAUGUAAAGCAUAG